AUGGAUCCCACCCAACUUGUAUACGACGCUGACGGUAAGGAGCUAAGGAGUGAUUUCGGCUACUACAUCUUCCCGGCGAAUCCUAGCAACGGAGGUGGGCUCACAUACGUCCCCAGUGGCUUACGAUGCCUGAACUUCGUGGCCCAAGAGAGCGGUAAGACUCUCCUCGGCAUCCCGGUAUCCAUCAAACCACGCAACGCUUCCGCCGAUCCUUCCAUCCGCCAAUCCAGCGACGUGUUCAUCGAGUUCAUCGAAUUCAAUACUUUCUGCGCCAAAAGGAACGACUGGCACAUCACCAGUAGGCAGCCCCGGCCAUCGUCGGGGCAGCAUCAGUAUCUCGCUGCUGGAAACGAAGACGGCAUCAAGUCCUUUGGUUUGUUCCGGAUCGAGAAGCACGGUGCAAACACGGCGGGAUACAAGCUAGUAGCAUGCGUUGAUAAAACGCCGUGCCGAGAUUUAGGCUUGUUUGCUUACAAGGAUAAGACAUGGCUCACUAUCAGCGACAAUCCUUUCAUGGUCGUGUUUAAGAACGCAUAUUAA